AUGAUUGACUGGCAGCAGAUGACAGGAGCAGGUGUGAAGCUCGCAGGUGAUGGAGGUGGAACCUCCAGCAGUGGGAAUCAACCAAUUGAAAGCAUUGGAUCUCUAAAAUGUCCUGGUGCUGAGGCUAAAAUCAAAGCCAACAAAAAAUCUCAUUGUGGACCCACUGUGGCGGAGGGCAGACAGACGCCGGUAACGGUAGUCGCCGGAGAGCAGCAGCAGGAGCCGUGCCCGCGCAGCGUCUUGCUCGACCAAAGUCGGCGGCACCGGACGGCGUUCACGCGGGAGCAGCUGUCCCGACUGGAGCAAGAGUAUGGCAAGGAGAGCUACGUCUCCAGACCCCGGCGGUGCGAACUGGCCACGGCGCUCAAUUUACCAGAGACAACGAUUAAGGUGUGGUUCCAGAACAGGAGGAUGAAGGAUAAACGGCAGAGACACUCCUUACCUUGGCCUCACCCUCUCGUCGACCCCCUUGCAUUCUUGAUGGGCCGUGUCUCUCCGUCCUCCACCUUACCAUACCCCUUCAUCCCACCCCACCUCCCUCACCUUCCCCUCCACCAAUACUCCCCCCUGGCUCUCCCCUCGCCGACAUCCUCAGCUCACAGUCCCUACAGUGCACCCAUGAGGUCUUUGGAUGUACUCCGCCUCUCCCCAUACCAUAACAGGCCAGGGGGGCUGCCUCAGACAGCGUCAACCCUCUACCCCUCUGCCAGCAUCAUGCACCAUCCAGCUUCAUGCCCCUGUGCCCUUUGUCUGCACUGGGGACCAGAACAACUCCUUAAAGCCAGAGGGGAGGCAUUGGGACUGAGCCAGCCCCGUAGUACCAAGGCCAACAUCCAACCUACCAGUCUGGAGCGGAGAGAGGAGAUAGUGUAAAUCCAGAUGGAAACACCACCAUACACCAAGAUCUCCAAGAUUGUCAAACUGCUGUCGAAUAAGCUGCAGCAAACAAGUAGCAGUGCACUCACUGUGACCUCAGUUAAACGCUAUCUGCAGGGAAGAGCUUGCCAAGCUAUUACAGCAAUAGCCUACAGAGUUUCAUGUGCUAAUAUGUCACCCCAAAUAACAGGCACAAUUCACAGGCACCUUAAAACAGGAACUGGAAACACACAAGUCAAAGGUCUUAUCUAAAACACCAAAAAAUCACAUGGUACUAUUAGAUUCCAAAAAUGUGCAGUGUAUUGGAGAGCUGUACAGUUAUUCAACAAGUUCAGCUCAGUUCACACAAAUGUUCUUUUCAGCAGCAAGCUAACAUUUUUGCCAGUGCUAACACGCCAAAUUAAAUUUCCCUUGGACAACACUG